CAGUCUAUCAAAAGCAGUCGGACAGUCGCCGCGAGAGCACGCGCCGCGCCCGCGCGCCCCUACUUACACGUACUCAAAAACACUCACUUAACUAGCGAAUCACUUUCGUUACGAUAUCCCGUAACUAUGAUAACAUUGUGAAUUAAUUGUUUUGGGGUUUCCUCUUCCGUUCCUGUGCUCACAUCACCGAGUCUAAGAUAAGAAAAUGCUGGAAUUAGCGAGCGAUGGCAGCGGCAGCUCCGAGAUGGUGUCGCCUGAUCAUAUGCUGCUAUACUGCGAUGAUAAUUUAGAGUAUUUCGAAGCCAAGCCUAAUAUGGCUGAUGUGAAAAUAGAACAAAUUGGGGAGUCGUACGAGAGCGGCAGUGGUAGCGACGAGCUGGUGCGCCGUCCGAAGAAGCGGCGACGAACAGCAGCCGCUUCCAGUGUCGGCAGUCCACCUGCAAGCACGGGCAGGCGGCGGCGCGGUUACUCAGCGCGUGAACGCAAUCUACGCCGUCUCGAAAGCAAUGAACGGGAACGAAUGAGAAUGCAUUCACUCAACCGCGCCUUUGAGGAUCUUCGGCGUGUCAUACCCCAUGUACAAAACGUAAGCAGAAGUCUAUCAAAGAUAGAAACUUUGACUCUAGCCAAAAAUUAUGUGAAGGCUCUCACUAAUGCCAUAUGCACGAUAAGAGGCGAGGGAAACUAUUACCUAUUCACGAGCGCAGACGACAAUGUGGAGCCGCCGUUCAUUUUAAGCAAAGAUAUGGAGCAGAAUAAUAAUGAUGUAAAUGAUCGGGAGCCGCAGUCAUCGCCGGUGAUCACUAGAAGAAGUAUCUGACUUAUGUCAAAGCGACGAAAGUCGUCAGCGCCAUUUUUACCUGAAUAAAGUCGGCAAGCUCUAGCAAACCUAAAGUUAAAUCUAAAAUAUUUUAUUGGUACACUGUACAUGAGCCUACAGUUACAUGUAAAAGCCUAAGAAAAUACUCGUGAUAAAAUAUUGAUUAUAAUAACUAUGUUACUAUAUAAGCGAUUGUAAAAGACCGUGUACAUGUACCAUUAAAAUAUUUGCAACAAGCUUUUCAUCAAGCGGUUUGCUUCUCAGUUAGCUGAUAGAAAACAUUUUUACCGACGAACGUGGUCUCAAUGGACACCGAGAUCUAAUUUAUAAGGAUAAAUGUGAAUAACUAGUACCAUAGACGAAUUUAAAUGUUUUUUUUUUAUAAUUUGCGUUAUAAUGGAAACCAGGGUUUAUUUCAAGAACAAUGUUGAUAU